AUGAGUCAACCAGGUGGCCAUAUGUCGCGCUCGCAGAGGAAUCAGGCAAACCACAAGACCUUUAGAUGCCCAGAACUAAUCAAUCUCGCCCUAGAUAAUCGCCUCAAUGCAGUAAAGCGCCACAAGCUAUGCAUUAAUUGCCUUGGCAGGGGUCAUCUUGUAGCCAACUGCCCGUCGACGCGGAGGUGCCACUCAUGUGCACUACCGCAUCACUCGCUGCUUCAUCGGCCAUCGCCAGGAUCGGCCGCAGCUCCCUUGCCACUCCCUCAAGCGGAGCCUGUACAAGUUUCGGACGCUGUCGCGCAUACUCACACGGAGUCUCGUUCCGAAUGUGUCAUUCUGGCCACGGCACUGAUUCUGGUCAAGGAUGCAUCUGGAAGCUACAAAAUAGGAAGAGCGUUUCUGGAUUCAUGUUCUCAGGUGAAUUUCAUAUCCGAGGAGUUUGCCCAAAGACUUCGACUGCCACGGAGCAAGCUCAACCUCGAGAUUCGUAGCAUUGAAUCGGAAAUUGACAUUACUGCGUGGAACCUUCCGCAGCACUCAUCUCUUGCUGACGAGAGCUUCAACAAGUCUCGUCGGAUCGAUCUGCUUUUGGGGACGGAAACCUUCUUCGAUAUAUUGGCAGUCGGCCAAGUUAAAUUAGGAAAGGAUCUGCCCGUACUACAAAAAACACUACUUGGAUGGAUAGUGUCUGGUCGAUGUCGAGCUCAUCCCAGAACACUCCAUCAGUACUCAUCUAUCGCAUUAACAGAAAUUGACCAAAAAAUGGAACGGCUAUGGCGCAUCGAUCAUGUGGAGCCUCCUGAGAUCACACUUACGCCAGAGCAGCGAAACUGUGAGGAUUUCUACACCAAAACGGUACGACGUAAUUCAGAUGGUCGAUUGGAAGUACGAUUUCCAUUUAAAGAUGAACCUACCGUUCUCGGAGUCUCAUUCGACAUUGCCAAAAGGAGAUUCCUCUCCCUCGAACGCAGCCUAUGCAAAAGGCCUGAGGUAGGGGCCAAAUAUGUUGAAUUUAUGCAGGAGUUUCAAAAUCUGGGACACAUGAGUCCCGUGAGCCAUCCACAGUUAAACACUCCGCAUUAUUAUAUUCCGCACCACUGCCUGCUCAAGCCUAAUAGCACAUCAACAAAGCUCAGAGUGGUUUUCGACGCAUCUCGCAAGACGACGUCCCAGAAAUCGCUCAACGACAUUCUGAUGGUCGGACCGACCAUUCAGCCAGAUCUUUAUACACUACUCCUGCGUUUUCGGAUACAUCGCUAUGCCAUCACUGCUGAUGUGGUCAAGAUGUUCCGCCAAGUCAACAUGUUUGCCGAGGAUCGCAGAUUCCAAUACAUUCUUUGGAGAACGUCGCCAUCGCAACCAUUGAGCACCUUCGAAUUGAAUACUGUAACUUAUGGCACAGCGGCUGCACCGUAUCUAGCCAUACGCAGUUUGUCAUAUCUAGCCGACCAAUUCAUGGACAAAUUGGAGAUUGGAGCUAAAGCCAUCAAAUCGUCUUUCUAUGUGGAUGACUUCCUAGGUGGAGCGGAUACGGUAGAGGAGCUACAUCAAAUCAAAAGGGAAGUUACAGCGAUUCUACAGGAUGGCCAAUUAGAACUCGCAAAAUGGCAUACAAAUCACUGCAAGUUUGUCGAUGACGCUACAGUCAAACAUUUGCAGUUGGACGACGAAAUGCUAACCAGCACGCUUGGCCUAAAAUGGGACCAAGUACGGGACACAUUCAUGUUCUCGUUCUCGCCAAGAUUCGAUUCGGACCACGUCACCAAGCGCUCGAUUUUGUCCAUAGCCUCUUCGCUGUUUGAUCCGUUGGGAUUAGUUACUCCCAUCAUCAUAGUGGCAAAAAUUAUCCUCCAGGAGCUGUGGCUCCUAAAACUACAUUGGGACGAGUCAGUACCCCAAGGCAUUCAUACAGCUUGGAUGUCCCUGCUUGCAUCGCUUUCGUCGUUGGAGUCUGUAGCAAUACCACGAUAUUGCCUCCAAUCAGCGAUACAUACCUUUCAAAUACACGGCUUUUGUGACGCCUCCAUUCGAGCGUAUGGAUGCUGCAACUACGCUCGCACAAUCGGAUCAGAUGGGCUGACCAAGGUCCAGCUAAUCACAUCGAAGUCCAGAGUUGCUCCCACCAAGAAGCUAUCUCUGCCGAAAUUAGAACUGUGUGGAGCACUUUUGUUAGCACAGCUGUACAAAAAAAUCAUUAGAAUCUUCGCUGACAGAAAGCCGACUUCGUUCUUAUGGUGCGAUUCUCAAAUUGUUCUACAUUGGAAUCGCCAACACUCGGCCACCUUAUCAACCUUUGUCGGCAAUCGAAUUGCCGAAAUUCAAGAACUCACGUCAGAUUGCCACUGGAGACAUGUUCCUACUCACUGCAACCCGGCUGAUAUCUUGUCCAGGGGCUGCACUAUCACCGAGUUAGAACAAUCGAUAUGGUUCGAGGGACCUGAGUUCCUAGGCCAAGAUCAUCAACAUUGGCCAAAGGACAGUCGAGACAACAGUGACAUUGAUAUGGAAACUGUCCAAUUGGAGAAGAGAAAAUCAGCCUUUGCCGUACACACGACUAGUAAUCAACUGCUUGAAGGAAUCUACAAGAUCAGUUCGCAUCAUCGCUGCCUACUAGUUAUCGCUUGGAUGUACAGAUUUACUCAGCGCUGCCGUAAACUAACGCCAUUCCAAUCACCUUCGCCGACGCCAGCAGAACUGAUGCGGGCGCUACAUUGCAUCGUCUGGAAUAUUCAAACUAUUCACUUCGCUCAAGAGAUGUCCUCGGUCCUGAAGGGCCAUCCGAUUCGCACUAACCUUAAAAAUCUUAGUCUCUUCCUCCAGGUUACAGAUGGCUUCCAAAUGCUAAAGUUCGGAGGGCGCCUGGAGCUAGCAGACUACCCAGAAACCCAAAAGCAUCCUGUGCUGCUCCCAGCUAAGGAUCCAUUUGUGUCACAGUUCGCUCGCCAUCUUCAUCUACAGAACUAUCACGCCGGGCCACGGACGCUCGUCGCUUUAAUUAGAAAACAGUUCUGGAUAGUGAAUGCAAGGGACUUGGCGCGACAAGUCGUUCGCUCAUGUAUACAUUGUCGCCGCUAUCGACCAACUCUCGAAAGAUGCGGAAUGGACUUUUGCGGACCAAUCAACGUCUAUUUGCGCAUCCGGGGUAAGCCGCCUACCAAGGCCUACCUAGCCGUCUUCGUUUGCUUUGCCACGAAGGCGAUACAUGUCGAAGUGGUAUCGGAUCUCACGACGGAUAGCUUCAUUGCAUCACUAAAGCGUUUUAUUGCCCGACGCGGACUUCCCUCGGACAUAUUCUGUGACAACGCUACAAAUUUCGCAGGAGCUAACAACAAGCUCGAAUCGUUGAAGCAGUUUCUGUUUAAAGACGAAACAACAAAAACAAUCCACUAUUUCUGUCGCUCAGAGUUCAUUAACUUCCACUUUAUUCCACCCAGGGCUCCACACUUCGGGGGCAUAUGGGAAGCUGCAGUAAAAAGUGUCAAGGGACUACUCAAUCGCACUCUUCGAGACACCAGGUUAACCUUCGAGGAGUUAGCCACUGCAGCUGCUGACGUCGAGGCGAUCCUGAACUCUCGCCCGUUAACGCCGCUCUCAUCAGACCCAAACGACCUGGCCGCUCUCACGCCUGGCCACUUCUUAGUGGGUGACGCACUCCGAGCACUACCGGAACUUCCACCAAUCGACGACAACCUGGACAAGUUGGAUCGAUGGAAAAGGGUCAGCGCACUCAAACAUCACAUCUGGAGUCGCUGGAGCCACGAGUACAUCAACGAGCUCCAAGUUCGCACAACCUGGACGAAGACUUCACCAAAUUUGGCUGUCAACGACAUGGUCGUCGUUCACGAGGAUAAUCUUCCCCCACAACGGUGGCUUCUUGGGCGCAUAGUCAGCACGAUCGCAGGAGCGGACAACAUCGUGCGUGUAGCCGACGUACGCACGGCCAAGGGAAUCAUCCGCCGCCCUAUACGGAAACUCGCCUUAUUACCUGUCUCUUGA